CUGUCCAUCUUCUGUCCAUCUCCUUUCCUGGUGUCCAUCCUCUGUCCAUCUUCUGUCCAUCUUCUGUCCAUCUUCUUUCCUGGUGUCCAUCCUCUGUCCAUUUUCUGUUCAUCUUCUGUCCUGGUGUCCAUCUUCUGUCCAUCUUCUUUCCUGGUGUCCAUCCUCUGUCCAUCUUCUGUCCAUCCUCUGUCCAUAUUCUGUCCAUCUUCUGUCCAUCCUCUGUCCAUCUUCUGUCCAUCUUCUUUCCUGGUGUCCAUCCUCUGUCCAUCUUCUGUCCAUCCUCUGUCCAUCCUCUGUCCAUCUUCUGUCCAUCUUCUGUCCAUCUUCUGUCCAUCCUCUGUCCAUCUUCUGUCGAUCUUCUGUCCAUCCUCUGUCCAUUUUCUGUUCAUCUUCUGUCCUGGUGUCCAUCUUCUGUCCAUCUUCUGUCCUGGUGUCCAUCUUCUGUCCAUCUUCUAUCCUGGUGUCCAUCCUCUGUCCUAG